AUGCAUAACUUAAACAACUUUGUAACUGUUUCUCCAAAUCAUACUUGCUUUUGUCUGUAUUCACUAUUUAUUCCAGGUAUUCUGCAGGUAAGCUCUGGUGAGCUAUCAGCAAAAUCAGAAGAGACCAGAGGACAGUUAGGGCACCUUGACCAAGAGGUAAGCUCCCUUGGACAGGAAGUAGCUGAACUGGGCCGAGUAAUGAGGAGCCUUGCCUUUCUCAUCGAAUCCAUGAUGGCUUUGCCACAAAUGGCCAAUAACUAUAGCCCUCUUUGCACCCAAGGACAUCCCACACAGUCCCUUACUCCUGAAGACCAGGACAUACCUUGGAUUAACCGGCUUCCUUCCCAACAGGUGCAAACAAUGUUACCUCCUGGAGGACUUCCAACAAUCACAGCACAGGAACUAAGCUCAAAGAUUGUUUCACCAGUGCACAUAUACUCUACCAUCCUGACCCAUCACUACCUUUGAAAGUAGAUGUGGA